GCUGUUUUCCCCUCUCUCACCAGGCCCUAGCUGCCCUAGCCUUCCCCCUUCUUCUCUAAGCCAAUCUCUUCCCUCCUUCAGGGCCUUCUCUGCUCUGCUCUUUACCUGGAAAACUCCUCUUCACUUUUUGUCUGGGUAACCUACUGAAACUUUGGAUCUCAGCGUUCCCAAGUUCUCAGUCUAAUUCUUCCUGUCACAUUGUCCCACUGGAGUCUUGCUUUUCUGCGAUGGUAUUUACGACAGUUUGGGAUUGCUACCUAAGUUUAUAUUUUUGCUAUGUCAGUGUGCCAUGAAUGCCUGUUUGUCCACUCUCAGCUCCCUGCGGUCAGGGCCCAUGCCCACUUCGCCCACCAUCAGUACUCACGACGAAGGCCAGGAAUGUAGUCGGCAAACAACAACAGUUCUGAAAUAACUAAGUGGAUGACGGGGUUCGAAGCCCAUUGGGAGAAGUCGGAUACGGGCAGAAGCGUGAUCAUUGAGGGGGCGGGUAUUACUUUUCCAGGGCAGACGGAAGCUGGGGUGGAAGGUUUGGGGCACCUUAGGGUCCAUUCGGAUUAGCGUCUGUGGAAUGCACGCUCAUCCCUGAGGUGGCGGGCGGCUGGCGGGGCCCUCCACGUCAUCCUGGGCCCGGCGGGCGGUGCAGAGAAGGGGCGGGGCAACCAUAGAGAGAGCGGCGGCAGAGCGAGCGGCCGGAUGCGGUCACCAUAGAGACGGGGACUGACAGCGGGCGGAAGAGGAAGGAGCUGGCCGGGCUGUGAGGUGGCAGCCGCUGCAAACUGCGGAGCCGGCGCCUCGGCCGAGCACUGGGGUCUGUUCCCCUUCCCCGCCCUUCCCUUGCGAGGGGCGACAGGAGUGCCGCUCGCGGCCCCAGGAUCAGGUCCCACCCCCACGCCUUCGCCCCCGAGCCCCGGAACGGUGUGGGUCGCGUCGCCGGUCGCGUCGGUCUCAUCUUUUUAUCAGUCUGUCCCUGGCCCUGCUGCAGGGGCCUCCGUGUGCGGGCCUCGGGGUGGCCCUGCUUGUCCUUUGCCCGCUGGCACGGGCGGGGCUGCCGCCCCCCCGAAGGGCCCGAGCACGGCGUCUUUGCCCUCCUCCUCCAGCCGCGACACCCCUUCCCCCCACCCCUUCUCCACAGCUCCGUGACGCAGCCGGUUUUAUUUCUGUUUUGAGAUCAACGGCUAAAAGUCUCUUUGAGCCUUCCUGCCAGGGCUAGAAUUGGUCUUGGAUCGCUGAACGUAGAGCAGGGGCGCCAGGCCUGGCGACGGUCACAGAGCUGAGCGUCCGUUUUUCUUCCGAGCAUCCCUGCGUGGCCUCUGGCUGCUUCUCCUCCUCUCGGUUUCGUUUGGUUUGGGUACCUGGGCCCUGGUCAAACCAGACACCCAAUCGCUCUUACACAGCCAGAGUUAGUCAUUUGCUUCCCUCUCCUCUCCUCCCAGAGGGAGGUGGGCAGCACCAACCUCUCAGCAGGUGGGAUUGGGAGGAGACUGCGGGGCAAAACGGCUCAGUCAGCCGUGGCGCUCCUCUGAGAGGCUCUCAGGGCUGAGUCACCAUACCUGCCCCCUCGUUCUGGUGGGCAGAACAUCGGUGUGCCAUGCCAGGGGCUCCUGACCACUCCUGACUGGAAGGACGGGUGACUCUAGCCCUGUGUUUCCUUACCCCUCAGGAGUGGAGUAGAAAGGCCCUGCUCCUUCCCAGGUGCCGGCCUUCGGUAGCCAGUCACCAGCUCCUUCAGUAAACGGAGUGAGAACGUGCCAGCCAGGCGCUCUUGGGAAAGGUCUACCUGGGCAGGCUCCUCUAGCUGGGCCCCUGCUCGGAUAGAGCAUGUGCUUCUGGAUCCCUUGCUGCUAGCUCUUGACGGAGAGCCCGUCUACAGAUGUGUGUAGUCCUUUUUGGCUUAGGUUUGGCAGGAGUGAGUUUUGUUUUCUCCCUUUUCUACUGGAAGACUGACCAUAAUCCAUUAGUAGGUGAAAUUGAUUCUAAUGUUUAUUACCAUUCGGACUGAGGGCUGGAUCUGGCAUCUCGACAACUGAAGACCAGGCAGACAGGAUCGUGAAGAAGGGACAGUCCAGCUUCCUGGGGAUGCCAGGCCGGGAAGCAACCACACCUUGCUCUGGUGCUGGCCUCCUUGACCCCACGUUCCCUGCUUAAAACUGUAGUCCAACAACUGGCCUGAUUGAUCCUGGAAGCUGUGCCCUCGGGGCACACACACAGCAGAGCCUACCAACAUGCGCCUGAGCUCCCUGCUGGCUCUGCUGCGGCCAGCACUGCCCCUCAUCCUCGGGCUGUCUCUGGGAUGCAGCCUGAGCCUCUUGCGGGUUUCCUGGAUCCAGGGCGAGGGAGAAGAUCCCUGCGUAGAGGCUGUGGGGGAAGCAGGAGGGCCACAGGACUCAAGAACUCGGCUGGACCAAAGUGAUGAAGACUUCAGACCCCGGAUUGUCCCCUACUACAGGGAUCCCAGCAAGCCCUACAAGAAGGUGCUCAGGACUCGGUACAUCCAGACAGAGCUGGGCUCUCGUGAGCGGUUGCUGGUGGCUGUCCUUACUUCCCGGGCCACACUGUCCACUCUGGCCGUGGCCGUGAACCGCACAGUGGCCCACCACUUCCCUCGGUUACUCUACUUCACCGGGCAGCGAGGGGCCCGGGUUCCAGCAGGGAUGCAGGUGGUGUCACAUGGGGAUGAGCGGCCAGCCUGGCUCAUGUCAGAGACCCUGCGCCAUCUUCACUCACACUUCGGAGGAGACUACGACUGGUUCUUCAUCAUGCAGGAUGACACGUAUGUGCAGGCCCCCCGCCUGGCAGCCCUUGCCGGCCACCUCAGCAUCAACCAAGACCUGUACCUGGGCCGGGCAGAGGAGUUCAUUGGUGCUGGCGAGCAGGCCCGGUACUGCCACGGGGGCUUCGGCUACCUGUUGUCACGGAGUCUCCUGCUGCGAUUGCGGCCACACCUGGAUGGCUGCCGAGGAGACAUUCUCAGCGCCCGUCCUGACGAGUGGCUUGGCCGCUGCCUCAUUGACUCUCUGGGGAUCGGCUGCGUCUCACAGCACCAGGGGCAGCACUAUCGCUCCUUUGAACUGGCCAAGAAUAGAGACCCCGAGAAGGAGGGGAGCCCGGCCUUCCUGAGUGCCUUCGCCGUGCACCCUGUCUCUGAGGGGACCCUCAUGUACCGGCUGCACAAGCGCUUCAGCGCCCUGGAGCUGGAGCGGGCGUACAGCGAAAUAGAACAGCUGCAGGCUCAGAUCCGGAACCUGACCCUGCUGACCCCUGAGGGAGAGGCAGGGCUCAGCUGGCCCGUGGGGCUCCCGGCCCCGUUCACACCGCACUCUCGUUUUGAGGUGCUUGGCUGGGACUACUUCACAGAGCAGCACACCUUCUCCUGUGCAGACGGGGCCCCCAAGUGCCCACUGCAAGGGGCUAGCCGGGCAGAUGUGGGCGACGCUGUGGAAACGGCCGUGGAACAGCUGAAUCGGCGCUAUGAGCCCCGCCUGCGCUUCCAGAAGCAGAGGCUGCUCAACGGCUACCGGCGCUUCGACCCAGCGCGGGGCAUGGAGUACACGCUGGACCUGCUGCUGGAGGCCGUCACGCAGCGUGGGCACCGGCGGGCCCUGGCUCGCAGGGUCAGCUUGCUGCGGCCCCUGAGUCGGGUAGAAAUCCUACCGAUGCCCUAUGUUACUGAGGCCACCCGCGUGCAGCUGGUGCUGCCUCUCCUGGUGGCCGAAGCCGCCGUGGCCCCUGCUUUCCUCGAGGCCUUUGCGGCCAGUGUUCUGGAACCACGAGAGCACGCGUUGCUCACCCUGUUGCUGGUCUAUGGGCCGCGGGAAGGUGGCCGAGGGGCCCUGGACCCAUUUCUUGGGGUGAAGGCCGCAGCAGCUGAGUUAGAGCGACGGUACCCUGGGACGAGGCUGGCCUGGCUCGCCGUGCGAGCAGAGGCACCUUCCCAGGUACGGCUCAUGGAUGUGGUCUCGAAGAAGCACCCGGUGGACACGCUUUUCUUCCUCACCACUGUGUGGACCCGGCCGGGGCCCGAAGUCCUGAACCGCUGCCGCAUGAAUGCCAUCUCCGGCUGGCAGGCCUUCUUUCCAGUCCACUUCCAGGAGUUCAACCCCACGCUGGCACCACAGAGGUCUCCUCCAGGGCCCCCGGGGGCUGGCCCUGACCCCCCAUCCCCUCCUGGUGCUGACCCUUCCCGGGGGGCUCCUGUGGGAGGCAGGUUUGACCGCCACUCGUCUGCGGAGGGCUGCUUCUACAACGCCGACUACCUGGCGGCCCGCGCCCGGCUGGCUGCUGAACUGGCAGGCCAGGAAGAGGAGGAAGCCCUGGAGGGGCUGGAGGUGAUGGAUGUGUUCCUCCGGUUCUCAGGGCUCCACCUCUUCCGGGCCGUGGAGCCAGGGCUGGUGCAGAAGUUCUCCCUGCGGGACUGCAGCCCUCGGCUCAGCGAGGAACUCUACCACCGCUGCCGCCUCAGCAACCUGGAGGGGCUGGGGGGCCGCGCCCAGCUGGCCAUGGCGCUGUUUGAGCAGGAGCAGGCCAACAGCACCUAGCCCCCCGGGGCCUGCACCGUGCACACUUCCCUUUUCGGCCUCAGCCCCGGGAGGGCGAGGCAAGAUGGAUGGACAGAUGGAGAGCUGGUUGCUGUAUUUUUUUAAUAAGAAAAUGUUAUUAAAAGUGUCUUCUGCCAAAGUGUU